GUAAUUUUAGGUUUAGUUUUAAGAAUAAAACUUUUUACAGUGGCAUAAUUAUUUGUUGAGCAGCCUUCACAGUUUGUUGGUACAGGUCAGGGAUUUGGAACGUCUCCUCAACCGUUCAUUGUUGGACACAUUCCACCAGUGAGGCUUAAAAAUCAACCAAUACAGAAAAAAAUGGAUCCUCCAGCAUGCGUUCAGAACGCCAUGAUGACCAAAGACAAGAAACCCUUCACCUAUACCCCCGGAGGAAUAGACCUCUCCGAAGCUCGUUCGCCUCGACUUCAACGAAGAAUCGAGAGAAACGCUAAUUUGGGUGGAGUUGGUGACAUACCUCACAACCCUGCCCCUCAUCCCCCAAUCACAGGCCCUCUUCCGCCAUCCGCCUUGGCAGCGAUGCGUCCUCAACCGCAGGUGCAAGUAUUUCCUUCAGGUCCUCCACCACCAGCGCCCAUGCGCGGUGGAGCACCUCCCCCACCACCUCCGCCUAAGCAAGGAAUUCCUCCUCCACCUCCUCCACCUAGCUGUCCAUUACCUACUCAAAAAGUACAGACAUCUGAUAAUCAGGUUCUAGAAAGACCUGAUAUGACUAAAAUUAUCCCAGAUAACCCAAUGGCGAUGUUGAGAAAAACUGGAGGACCGCAACCAAGGAAAAGCCUGGUUGAUCAAAUAUUUGAGGAGAGUGGAAAGAGUGCUCCAGAGCCUAGAACUCCACCGGUCCAAAGCCAGCAACAAUUUCAACCUCCACAACAGCGAAUUCAGUCUGGAGGGACGCCAAUCUCACCUGUACCACAACAAACAUACAAACCUUCGCUACCACAGCAACAACAGCAGUACCAACCACAGGCUCAACCACAAUACCAACAACAGCAGUAUCAACCUCCGGUUCAGCAAACUACUCCCCCCAGAGAGCAAUAUUCUAGACCUAGCUAUCCGGAGCCUGUGAAAGAGCAACCAAGAUAUCAACCACCGGUAAUAGAAAGGCAACCAUCAGCACCCCAGAAUAACGGACAACAAGAAGUGAAAACAAGCACUGCACAUUUGGGAUCUUUGUAUAUUCCUCCCAUAAAUCAACAGCAACAAAAACGUAUAGUAUCGCCUCCCUCGCCCCCUGAAAGAAAUCUGGACUCCCCAGGCAUACAGACACCUCCUCUUCGAGAGGCUCCCAGACCUUGGCAAACGAAAAAGCCCCAAGAAGAGGUACCUACCUGGGCAAAGAGAGAAAACCAGAUCCCUAAUAAUGUAGACGAAGCAAGGAAAAUUUCGCCUCCUGCUUCGCAACAACAACAACAGAGGUGGCCACAGCCCCAAGCUCAGGGAAAUCCUCAACCUUCCUUUCAACAGCAACAGUACGAACAACCCAAAUAUAAUCAACAGCAGUUCCAACAAGCAUAUGCUAGCAGGCCAGAUGCGACUCAACAUCAACAGCCAAUAGGAAUUCGUAUAGAUAUCCGUACCAAACCACAAGCACCAUACCAAGAUCAGACAGAAUUGGAAAAUAGACCUAACGUGGUUUACGUCACUCAACCGUUGGUGUUGCAGCAUCCUGGUGCAGCUCCGCAAAGGCAACAAGUCCCAAACAAUCAAGGAGGGGCAAGGGUUGUGCCAGUACAAGUUGAAGGAACGAGGGCUGGAAAUGAAAGGGUUUUAAAUAGACAGCAGAGUUGGGGAAGCAACCCCGUGCAAUCUAAUUCGUUCAAAAUUAUCCAAAAAUUCACCAACACAGACGGUGAAGACGAAUAUGAUAACGUACCCAUCACUGAACACUCGCCCAAGUAUACACAGAACUUCCAACAGCCUGUUGAUCAGAUGAGACGAAUGAAACUGAACGACGGGGAACAAAGUAUUGCAAAUACUUUCAAACAAGAGAUGAACUUCCACGAUGAAGAAAACCCGAGAUACAGAGGGGGUCACAUUCCUUCAAAGGUUUUCAAAAUGUUGGAUGAAAGUGUGCCCCGUGGACCCCAACAACAGCAGUCUAAAGGACCCCAAGUUCGGAAUAUCCCUAUUCAAAUUGAAGGUGAUGAUACUCCCAGGCCAUAUGUGCAUCCAAGUGAACAAGUGGUACCGGAACCAAAAAAAUAUACUGGAAGCUCGAUACCCAGUAGAUCUUUCAAAAUUUUGCAAGCUAUGACUGCUCCAAAUGAUUAUGCCAAUGUAGAAGAGCAAAACGAAGAAACCCCAUACGAUGAAUGGGUAUACCCUCCCCAUUAUCCCCCUUAUCCUUACCCUCCCUACUGGUACGAUUAUUACCGUUACUAUUACCCUGAAUCCUAUCCCGAAGAAACCCCUAACAAAAAAUCUACCCCUAGAAGUAGUGUUUCUAGAAGUACCUCCCCAGCAAAAUCUGGUCGCCAUACUCCUCUCCCUUAUUGGGGGUAUAUGCCCCCUUAUUGUCCUUCACCCAACUCGACUGAUAGCGGCAAAGAGAUGCCACCACAAAAGCCAAUACCACCUCCUUGGUAUGGGUGCGAUCCAUAUUACCCUUCAGAACAAGACAGUACUGAUGUAGAUGAAAGUAGCAUAUCACAGGAAUAUUUACCAUACUAUGAUCCUUACUAUUAUCAUUACUACUAUGGAUAUCCACCAAUGUACCCUCCUUAUCCACCACGAUAUGCCAACAGCGACACUGACAGUACCAUUAACGGUUAUUCUUCAUUAGAUGAAAAGGGAACUAAAUGCAAAAAGGUUACAGAAAAUCAAAAGAAAGUUACAAAUGAUUCUGGCCCAAAGGCAAUGCUAACACCAACUUUAGUAGUAACUGAAGUUGUAACUAAACCAAUGGAAGAAAAAAUCGAAAGUACUACAGACUGUGAAACUGAUACAGAAACAGAUGAUGAAUAUAGUGCUCAUUUACAGAAAAAUCCCCUUCAGUCUAUGAAAUCUAUAACAAACAUUAUUUCUCUUAACACGGACAGUAGCGACGAAGAUAUUUCUAAAGAAGAAACGCAAGAAGAUGAUUACUCGGGUGAGUCCAAUGACGAAAUUGAUGAUGCCAGUUCUAUAUGUUAUGAAGACGAUGCCUAUCCGCAUCAACUUAGUGUUAUUAUGGAAGAGAGUGAAAGGACAGAAUCUAGAAUAAGAAGUUUGAGUGCUAUGAGUGAUACUACUACUCUAGCAGAAAGAAGUGAUCCAGAAGAAGACAUUGUAGACUACAGUAAACCAGAAUCGGAUGAGAGUAAACGCGAAAGUACUUCAGAUGACUAUGAUAAAGAUAAUGAAGAAGAAAAUAUUGUAUACUGCAGUAAACCAGAAUCGGAUGAUAGUAAACAAGAAAGUACUUUAAACGACUAUAAUAAAGAUAAUGAAGAAAUACAAGUAGAAGCUUACCAAGUUAAUGACAUUAAUGUAGACGAUUGUGAACAGGACGAUGAUGACAUAAAAAGUAAUGACAGUGAAGAUUGGUGGGGAAUAAUAGGAAAAGAAGACGAUGAUUUACCACCACCAAAAAAAACACAACUUUUUGACAAUGUAAACGUAGAGAAAAACAAUAUUUUCAAUGCCCAUGCUGCCAGUGAAGAUAUACUAGAAAGUGAUAAUUCAGACACUGAAGAUAUAGUUAGUAUUAAAGUUAGUGAUGUAGAACAUGAUAGAAUAGAUAAUUUAGAAAUACAUGAAGAGAAUACAAUAAGUAAGAAUAGCACAGAUAUUACCAAUAUAAAUAAAAACACAAUUCAAAAUUAUAUUGAAGAAAGUAAUAAAAAUAGUUCAGAGGUUACUAAUACGAAUACAAACGUAACUCAAAAUUGUAAUGAAGAAAGUAACUACACAGAAUAUACAGUAGUACGACGAAUUAAAAAGAAAAACAAUGUUGUACAUACAGAAACAGAAGUUAAAGAAAGUUCGUCUAGACCUCAAAGUAUAUACCAAUCUUUAGAAGAUCUCCAAUCAGAACCAAAAUCUAGACCUAGAAGCAUAUACGAAUCGUUAGAAGAUAUCCAGGCAGAAUCAACUGGAAGUCUUAUAAAAGUUGAUAAUUUUGUAGGUAUUUUGGAACAAAUUCAGAAAGAGACUGGUUUUUGGAACUUAAAUUCAAGGCUAAAUAACGAAAAAGCUAACGAACCUGUUAAGUUUAGAAGAACUAGAUCUGUAGAGGAAAAAAAUUUGGACGCAGAAAAAAGGUUUACUUGGACAUCAUUUGAAAACUUUAAUAGAGAAUCUCUGGAUGAUUUGGAAAACAAAAUAAAGAGGCUAUCUUGCGGUUCAUUGGAAGAUUUAAAAAUAAAUAUUAAAACACAAGAAACGGUUGAGGGUUCUACUAAUUAUAUUAAGUAUAAUUCUAGUUUGAGCUCAACACCUGUUGUUGAAACCCAAAUAGUUACUGAAGAUAUAAACGAUGAUAAUAAAUCUUCCACUAAUGAAUCACAAACCGAAGAAUCUGGUGACACAUCUGAUUCUUCUGCAUCAGAGAAAGACGAUAAAGAAACCAACAAUAAUCUAGCAAGAUUCGAUGACGACGCUGAUGUAAAAAUACCUACUAUAAAAGACCGAAUCCAAGCUUUAAGAGAAAGUAUUAACUCCAAAAGAAGACUAUUAUCGGAUGACACUAAAGAGUCAAGUAAGGAUAAGAUUUCUAUAAACGAUUCAACCAACAGAAGCAAAACAGCUUCUUCAAAAAGUAGCCUUAAGUCUUUUGAAGAGUUCAGUGAAGAAGAAGAAGUAGAUUCAGGAGUUACAUCAGACAUGAGUAGGCAUAUAUCAGAUACAGAAGAGUUUCCUGAGUUGAGAAAACUUACGAAAUACCAAAGAGCAGCUACACACUCAAGAUUGUUUAAACUAUUACAAGAAGAAUGCAAUAACGAGGACGCUGAAGAUGCUGAAGAGACCAAGCAACCUUUAGACCUGAAUUUAAACGACGCUAAAACUCCAGUAAAUGAACGACUAGUUAACGAGUUGGUGGAUAGUUUACUUAAACUUAAAAAAGGACAAGCGUUUAAGAACUUACCCAAAGAAAAGUUAUAUGCAGCUGCCGUAAAAAUAUUACAAGAAGAUAUGGAGGUUACAGAUACUCUUUCUGGCUAUUCCACAAGUGUCCAAACACCUCAAGAAUUUGGAACCAAUUAUGACGAUUAUAAGCAAUACUACGAAACGUGGGAUAGAAGUGAAGAAAACUUUGACAUAUUUCCUUCAAAAGCCUUCAAAGUUCUGCAAGAAUUAUCAAGCAACAAACCAGGAGGUGGAUUGAGCUCUAUAAUAAAGUGCCCCAAGGUGUUAUCCUCUAAAAACAUUCACAAGAAACUUAUCAGACUUUUAGAAAACUCAGAAAACUCUUCUAGUCCCAUUCCUGACAAACCUCCCUUAGAUACGAACGAUGUAACGAGAGUCUCUUGAUAAUCCAAAGGGACUUUAAGCGAAAAAUUGAUAAUUUGUUGGACCCGGUUUUAAUUAGAGAUCAUGCAGAUCAUACCGAUUUUUAAUGUAUCCACUGGCCGAUACUGAAGAAACGAAAAGAAGAAGGUUUGAACAGUGGAAAAAUAUUUUCUGGAAAAUAAAAUAAUUAUAAAUUAGGCAUUUUUAAAACCGCAGGGUGUGAUUGUGCUGCUUGAAGAACACGCAUUUUUAAUAUUUUCUUACCCUCUUCGAGAGGGACUGAAACCGUUCUUUGGUACAUUUUUUAAUACUUCGACGUAAUGUUCUCAUGUCAGGAUUGUUUUUUCAAGUUUUCGGUUUCGAUAAGUAAACAUGAUGUAUAUAAAAGUUAAUAUUGUAAGGUGUAUGAUCACAAUAAUGUAUAUUGUUUAAAUAUGUAUAUAAAUCUAGGCAUCUGAAAUGAAUUCUUCUAUUGCAUUGUUAUUAAAAAAGAGCUCAUGUUAAAAAAUGAACACUGUAUGUAUUUUUAAAUAAAUGUUUUAACU